GCACUUACUCUGACGUGAAAGAAAACAUCAAGCAAAAACACUUGACAAAUUUGCCGUAUCUUAAAUCAUCCUGGUUACGGUGUCUGGGUAUAUAAAAGAGAAUAAGUACUUUCAUGACGUCAUUAUUCAAAAUUAUUUAUAAAUUGUAAACGGUAUAUCGUACUUUGAACAGUAUAGUCGAGAACUAUACCUGCCUGCCAUCAAUUGUAAUAACAUCUUAGUGAAUCUUAUAAUUAUAACAAGUAGAAGAUAGCAAUUAUUAACCAUGAGUUUACAGUGGACAUUAAUCGCCUCGUUUUUAUACGUUGAGAUAUUUAUAGUGUUGUUGCUGGUAUUGCCGGUAGCUUCACCAAAAAGAUGGCAAUCACUAUUCAAAUCAAGAUUUUUACAAAGUUUAAGUAAUCAAGCUUCAUUUUACUUCUUCAUGCUCCUCGCUAUUUUAGUAUUAUUUUUACUUGACGCCAUCAGAGAAAUGAAUAAAUAUUCCAAUAAAGAACAUACUGAGCAUGGUCACUUGGACGCUGAAAUGCAAGGAAGCAUGAGACUGUUCCGUGCUCAGAGGAACUUUUACAUUUCUGGGUUCGCCCUAUUUUUGAGUUUAGUUAUACGGCGGCUUGUGAUUCUAAUUUCUACACAGGCGACUCUUUUAGCACAAAGUGAAGCGGCUUUGCGCCAAGCUCAGUCAGCAACUACUACCGCGAAAAGUUUAUUGUCACAAAAAGGAGAAACAGCGCAAAACGACAGCAACGAAGCACAUGACAAAGUGGUCACCGAGCUGAAGUCAAAAGUAUCUGAACUAUCUCAAAAAAAUACAGAACUUGAGAAUGAGCUGAAGAAAGAGAAAAACGACAAAGAGGCUCUCAAAUCCCAGGCUGAAUCACUCGCCAAAGAGUACGAUCGACUCACGGGAGAGCAUGCUAAAUUAGUGAAAGCUGAAGGCAGUGAUAAAAAAAGUGAUUAAAUAAUUAAAUUAUUUUUUAUCAAUUUUUCAAUCCUCAUUUUCCAUCGCUUUUAAUACUUAAUACUAUUUAUACUUGUUCAUAGCUAUUUUACUUUUGUUGUAAAUUAUAAUCAAUAUUGAA